UUUAUACACACACUGUCUCAGCAGACAACAUGUGUUGUUGUUGUGGCCUCAGCCAGCACCUGCACCUGCCUCAGCCUCACUAUUUUAUUGUACAGUCACUAUACCUCUGCCUUCGUGACACACAAACUCUCCCACCUUUAUCUAACACACAGGAGUCCAGGUGUUAUUACCAGUUGUUGAGGAGUGAGAGAGUGUGAGUAAGGGACGCAGGAGCCGCAGGUCACUAUGGCGGAGGAACAAAAUGCUGACAACGUUAACGUGCUCGUAAAGUUCAUCACUAAGCAGGAGCAGUAUGCUGUUCCAGGGGCAUCAGUCUCGGUCCAGGCCGACCUCAACACUUCUGGGCUUAAUAAAGUUAUCAAAGCUUUUAUAAGGCAAGGUUCACAAGAUAGGAUAGACUUGCCCUCGUUUGAUUUUGUUAUUAAAGGACAGUUUCUUGUUGGGACACUCAAGCAGAGGCUGGAGGAUUGUGAAGUGAGCUUUGAGUCUCUUGUUGAAAUUGAAUACCUUGAGAGGCAGCCUCCACCUACCCCAAAGGAUUCACUACAUCAUGAUGAUUGGGUGGCAGCACUGCAAUGUAGUGAUAAAUGGCUAUUGACUGGCUGCUAUGACAACACACUACAUCUCUGGGAUGUAGUUGGCCUUGCUGCUGGUCAGGGGGAGCGUGCCCACACACUCACUAUCCCAGCACACAGAGCUCCUGUCAAAUCAGUCACCUGGGUCCACACAGACUCUCCUACUAAAACAUUUAUUAGCACAUCAAUAGACCAAACAGCAGUGGUGUGGGUGUGGCAGAGUGAGACUAACACAGUGGAGUGCAUAAGUGAGUGUCGUGGCCAUACUCAGAGUGUGGAGUGUGUGGCUGUAGACCUCAAGCAAGAGUUGUUUGCAACUGGCUCAUGGGACAACAUGUUGAAGAUUUGGUCUGUAGGUGAGAAAGGUGGUCAAGAUGAGGAAGAUGAAGAAGAACAAAAGAAAAAGAGACGAGCAGCUAAGAAACCUCAGAAGAAGACCCCAAUUAUUACACUAGCUGGCCACUCAGAGAGUGUGGGUGGAGUAGUGUGGACAGGAGACAAUGAAGUUGCCACAGCUUCCUGGGAUCAUUCACUUCGGGUGUGGGACACCGAGAUUGGAGGAGUCAAAUCUCAAAUCAAUGGAAAUAAUGCCUUCUUUACUGUAUCAUGGUCGCCUCUCAGCCGCCUUCUCUUGACGGGCUGUGCAGAUAGAUUUAUAAGGAUGUAUGACCCACGUAUCACAGAUGGUUCUAUUGUGCAGCAGAAGUUCACGUCACACACAAAGUGGGUUCCAAGUGUGAGGUGGAGCACUACAAAGGAACAUUUGUUUGUGUCUGGAGGCUACGACAAAUUGGUGAAGUUUUGGGACUGUCGAAGUCCCAAGGCUCCCCUGUAUGAUCUCUGUGGACAUCAAGAUAAAAUUCUGGUGGUUGAUUGGUCAAAUCCAAGCUAUAUUGUGAGUGGCUCCUCAGACUGCACUGCUAAAGUCUUCUCUUCAGAGGGAAAACAGUAAAGCACACCUGUAACUUCAUCGUAUGCAUAGGUAUCAUUCCUGUUUUUAUGUAAUUAAUAAAGUAGUGCUGUUGCUCU